AUGGAUGAGAAAUCUAGUGAAACUUUAUUUCCAUCAAUUAAAGGACAUAUGAUUAAUAUUCCAAAUGAUGUGCAACCAUUAACCAUUAAAGAUUCGACUGUUUUCAUCGGUAAAAAUGAAGCUCAUCGUCCAGGAACACUACGCUUUCGAUUUUUGAUGGUUGCAAUUAUAUUAUUAGGAUUUGGAAUUGGAGCAAUUAUAUUACGACCGGUUUUAUAUCGUGCUGUUCGAGUUGGGUUGAUUGAUGAAAUAAUGAAUUCUGUCUGCAAUUCAUCACUGAAUCGUGGUACUUCAACUGCAUCAGCAUCUUCGAAUGUAGUCAGUCAGACUCAGUCAAGUACAACAAGUGAACGCCGAGAUGCUACUCUAUUUUCAAUAAAUAACCCGUACUCAAGUUUGGACGAGCUCGUUCAGUUUAAUACAGUCUAUAUUGCACAUUCUGGUCAAGCGACAUUGUCAUUCUUUACUCAAGAUGAUUACUAUUCAACAUAUAUUGAUGACAUUUCAGUUACAAACUCCAAUGGAGAUCAAUUACUCGCCAACGGUAAUUUUGAGAAUGGUACUUUCGGGUGGCAAGGUUUAUCAUAUCUAGCAACAUCAUCUUAUUGCAAUAAUCGUUGCUAUGGUAGUUAUAAUAAAGUAGGAAAUACAUUGUCACAAACAUUCAAUGUUGCACCAGGAACUGUUCUUUAUAUUGGUUUUAAACUUCGAUGGACUGGCAGUGGAUCAGCCAUUCGUAUUAAUGUUACCAUCAACUGA